AUGCCUUCCGGUCUCCCCACUGCCCCCGACACUGAGAUUGGCUUCCAGCCUCCUCCCCGUUCCGCCUACCGUGGCGAUCCCUCCAAGAGUUUCAAGGGCAUCAGCCCAUUCCCCAUCUCAGGCCCCGGUAUUACACCACCAGUUAUUUACAACCCCGUCAUCAAUGUUCUUAGAGGCUACUUGGAGCUUGCCAAGCCUGGAGCACUCAAGGAAGCUGUAGACUCCGCGUACAAGAAGAUCCCCCAGUUCAUGGACAAGCUCCACAUCCACGAUGAUACAUCUUUCCUAGACUUUGCCAAUGAUCUGCUCAAGUGGAUUCCUGAAGAGAACUACGAGGGCAAGGAUAUCUACGAUAUUCUGUGCAUGUUCUACUUCAUCAUCGACCAGCCCCCUCUGGCCAGCUUGCAGACUCCCAUUGAUCCUCAGCAAGCUGGUCUGCCUCUCACUUGGCUUUCGUCGUGGAUCGUGGUUUACGCGCAACUCAUCGGCUUGUUCAUGGACUCACAGUCUUCCAUGACCGCGAAGUCCCUCGAGACCUUCAGCCAGAAGAACUCGCCCAAGUACAACUUUGACGAAGCCCUCGUCCCAGAGGGUGGUUUCCGCACUUUCAACCAGUUCUUCGCACGAAAGCUGAAGCCUGGCAUGCGACCUAUUGCAGACCCGAACAACGACCGAGUUAUCGUGUAUCCGGCCGACAGCACAUACGAUAACUCGGUUGAGAACCAGAACAUUGUCAACAUUGAGUCUGACGGCGUUGUUCGAAUCAAGGGUCUGCCAUGGACUAUUUCAUCGCUUCUCCAAGGCAGCGAGUACGCGGAUGACUUCCAUGGUGGCGUUUGGAUGCACGCUUUCCUCAACACAUUCAACUACCACCGUCAACACGCCCCGGUAGCCGGUGAAGUACUUGAGGCCAAGAACAUCCAAGGAGCUGCAUAUCUCGAGGUCAACGAGAAGUGUGAACCUGUCCGAACCAUGUGCGGCCCCGACGCACCUGACACUCCAGGCUACCAAUUCUUGCAAACACGUGGUCUCGUUGUCAUCGACAAUCCUGUGCUAGGUCUUGUGGCAGUUCUGCCUAUCGGCAUGGCACAAGUUUCCUCCGUGAAGCUGACGGUCCGAAAGGGUGAUAAGUUGGAGAAGGGAGACGAGAUUUCGUACUUUGAGUUCGGAGGGUCCGACAUCAUUUGUGUCUUCCAGCCCAAGGCGGGAUUGAAGGUAGAGGACUUUGUGGCUUCAACUGAUAACACGUAUUCUAAGUACGGAACUAUCUUGGCGAGAGCUCCUGAGAAAUAG